AUGUCUUACGAAAUGAGCGGCAUGAAACACGUCGGCUCGCGGCCCUUCAACCACGACCAGAGCCGCGACGCCGAGCAAGAGUACGAUCGCCUACGCGAUCUCGCGAGGCAAGAGGCUCGCAAACGAGGCGAUUGUUUCGAGCGCAGCAAAGAAGCCUACAACCGCGGCGAUGGGGCCGCGGCAAAACAGCUGUCUAACCAGGGCAAGGCCCACGGCGAGAAAAUGGCGCAGUACAACAAGCAAGCCUCUGAUUUCAUCUUCCGGGAGAAUAACGAACAAGGCCGCGUUGCCGAAGACACCAUCGAUCUGCACGGCCAGUUCGUCGAAGAAGCUGAGGACAUUCUGGAAGAGCGCAUCAGAUAUGCGCGCAGCACCGGGCAGACGCAUCUGCAUGUUAUCGUUGGCAAGGGCAAUCAUUCCGUUGGCCACGUGCAGAAGAUCAAGCCGCGAGUGGAGCAGGUCUGUCGAGAGCUAGGCCUGCAGUAUCAAACCGAGCCAAAUGAGGGCAGGAUGUACAUCAACCUGCAAGGCGGUGCCGCCCAACCGCCUCAGCACGGUGGUGGAUACGGUGGUCCUGGCUACCAGCAGCCACCGCCACAUGGUGGUCAACAGCCACACCAUGGCGGCCAGCAGCAGCAGCAAGACGAUGGCAUGAAGCUGCUGAAGCUGAUUUUCAGGAAGUUGCGGAAGCUGUUGUGCUCAUAA